AUGUCCACCCACCUCCAACCCCAACCGCACUCCCACCUCCUCUCCCUCCCCACCGAACUCCGCCUCCAAAUCUGGGAACUCCUCCUCCUCCACCACGUGCACAUCCUCAAAACCCUCUUGCAGACCUCCCCAACCCACCGCCCCAUCGCAUCCCUCCUCCGCACGAGCAAGCAGAUCUACGCCGAGACCCUGCCCAUCCUCUACGGCGAGAAUACCUUCCUCGCGCAUCCGACGCUCCUCACGACGCUCCCGGCGUUCCUGCUGUCGAAGACGGGCUCUCAUCGUCCGUUGACUCUCCCGCCUAUCACGGCCCCGAGACUGCUGCCGCUUAUUAGGAAGUUUUAUAUCCACGUGCGUCUCGAUACGGAUCCUCGGUUCUCGAAGUUGCAGGCGACGGAGAGUUUUACGGGCGUGCAAGAGUUGGAGGUGGAAGUCUUCCAGGCGAUGUACGGGAGUUGCGAUUUUGAGGUGUUGAGGCUGUUCGAGGGCGUGAGAGGCGUGGGGAGGUGUGUGGUUUGGGGAAGUGUGGGCGAUGGGAGGUAUGCGGCUUGGUUGGCGAAGAGCAUGAUGAAGUCCGUAGGGGAGGAAGUGGAAGGCUUCAAGGAGGAGUUUGUAGGUGGAGACCGGGGGUGGCAUGCUUGGGCGCAGGGGAAUCGAUGA